AUGGCUCAACUACUAUCAACUUCAUCACUUGUACUGUCACCAAAAACAAGGUACUCUGUUACGCCACAGAACAAUGUUGUUGCCCCUUGCAUGGCCUCUUUUCCGUCGAGGAAAGAGUUUCCUAGGCUACAAAGGGUGAGAGCGAAGGCUUCUGGUGAUAACAAAGACCACUCUGUGGAAGUACAACAUGUUAACAAGGGCGACCAAGGGACGGCGGUUGAGAGGAAGCCACGUAGAACGGCCUUCGACAUUUCACCCUUUGGUCUUUUGGACCCGUGGUCACCCAUGAGGAGCAUGCGCCAGAUUUUGGAUACAAUGGACCGAAUUUUUGAAGAUACCAUGACAUUUCCCGGAAGAAACGCGGGAGGAGGGGAGAUUCGUGCCCCUUGGGAUAUCAAAGAUGAAGAACAUGAGAUCAGAAUGAGGUUUGACAUGCCGGGUCUCUCCAAGGAAAAUGUUAAGGUAUCAGUGGAGGACGAUGUGCUUGUCAUUAAAGGUGGCCACAAGAGUGAACAAGAACAAGGUGGUGAUGAUUCUUGGUCGAGCAGGAGCUAUAGUUCCUACGACACCCGUUUGAAGCUUCCAGAUAACUGCGAGAAGGACAAAGUCAAGGCAGAGUUGAAAAAUGGUGUGCUUUAUAUCACCAUUCCUAAGACCCAAAUCGAACGCAAGGUUAUUGAUGUGGAAAUUCAGUGA